AUGUCGUACUCCAAUAGUGGUGGUGGGACUCUCACAUUGCCGUCGCCGACACAUCCACAUCACGUCGAUGCUACGGCUAUCGCGAGAACUAUUAGGCGAUCACUUUCACGAUCUCCAUCGAAGUUCAGACUUGUUACCAAGUCCCCAAGCUCCUCACCAAAAUCGCCUCUUUCACCAUCGCCUCCGAAACGCCAUUCCUCGCAGCCUGCCCUCUCCGUUAGUACACCGGCAAACGCCCCUCAUACUCCUUCUCCGUUGGCUGUGCCUUUUCCUCCAAGCGCAAAAUUAGCACUUCGAUCUUCGACCCGCACUUCAAAGUCUGCCCCUCCUCGGCCUUCUUCUCGUACUCGAACAUCACCCAAAAGUCCUAUGAAGCGGGCUCUGAGCCAGACCUCCGAUACCGGCAAUAGCUUCCCAAACUCAUCCCAAGGAUCCGCUGGUGGACAAGAGAAUAGCAGAAGCCCAGUCGAACGCAAGAGCUUUGAGCGAGUUGGAAAGAUGGAAACUUCGGGGCCUCUUAAUUAUGCUCUGUCGAGACUUGGAGGCGACGGUGCUUGCGACACUCCAACGGGCUCUUCGACUUCGAGUCCUCUGAAGCGAAGUGAUGCGAUUAUGAACCUAGAUCAGGCGAGCCUUGGAAGCCCAGUUGCCAAGAGGAGAUCUCUCCACGGAUCUGCGAGCUUCGGUCAGGACUUCAACGUGUUUGAUCAUGGUCCAGCACCAUCAUCUAAUUUCGACAUCCAUGACGACUCUAAUCAUGAGUACGAACUAUCGACAGCAUCAAUCACAUCAGACAACCCGCUAGCUUUUACUUCAAUGCCAAGAAGAUCUUCAUCAUUGCGCAAAUCGACACUCCAGCAACGACAUGGCGAGAAGACAUCUUGGGGUCGAAGAGCAGCUGCACAAGCACUUGCUGCGCAGCAGUUAGCCAAUUCUGUGCCUGAAGUAUCAACACCUGUUCAAACGAAGAAUCGGCCACGACUGUCCUUGGACCAGUUCAUGCCGCCGAUGCCACGAGACAGCCCCUUCUCCAGUCAGGCCAGCCUUCCAAACCCAUCCGCUCAUGUUAUGAAUCCACCUGCACACCAGCCUCAUCCCUUGUCGCGAACCAUGACUACCUCGUCAUCGAGUGGCAGCAUUGCAGACGACUCGCCAACUCACGUUCCGGUCCAUUUCGGUGAGAAGACCAGACCCAAGAUCGACUUUUCCAAGUCAAUGCCCGUGGGUGCCUUGAGACCAUUUGCGGCAGACUUGUAUUCCCGUGAUGAGGAGACCUUCGCAACGCCUCAAAAUUACAAGAAUGUUAAGCCACACCCUGCUGCCUUUGCAUCUACUGGUUUGAUAUCAAAGAUGAACAAGAAUCCAGAGGAACCUCGAGUGACUCGUGGCAAAGCUGUUCCAGACACGCCUUGCAAGAAGCAGACCAAUGUAUUUGCUACCUAUCCUGCUGCACCCAUGCCAGGAAGCGCUCUUGUCAAAGCUAGACAUGUUCGACACUCGUUUGGUACCCCAUCCACUCCAUUCAAUCUUCACGGAAACACGCCUGCUCAGGGCACUUUCGGUAACGGAAGCAGCGUUUUUGGUGGAGCAUUCCCGGGUCGUGGUCUUACGAGACGUGGUAGCUUCUUGAGCAUUGACGGAGAUGAACUUGGAGGAUCUCCUGAUGCCAAAGGAGACAGCCAAUCUAAUGGAGAAUACGACCUACCACCAACUCCAACAAAGCAGGCUCUGGUACAGCAACAGUACAGUGGAAGUCCUAGUCACCACAGGAGUUUCCCGCCUUCUGUUUCAGCUGUUGGCCUGGGACUGACGAAGAAGGCUCAAAGAACUAGCAGUAAGUUAAACCCAUUCAGUAAUUCGAGUCCCAUUGCAGAAACAGAGGAACACGAUGGAUCACCUGAUCCGUACGAGUCUCCCACUGUUGCACAUGUUCGGAACCAGAAGUCUACAGAUCCGGCAGUGCCAUUCAGCAGAUUACGGAAUCAGCCCAGUCCAUUGGAGCGUGUAGAUUUCUUUGAGAGGCUCUCUCCCCAUACGCCUCAAGACAACAUGGUACCUCCUGAUCCUAGUGGUCUGACUAUCUCAAACCCUCGAGAUGGCCAGGCUGCGAAAGGUGCUUCCAUGCCGCCACCCGCCACGCCGACAGCAGGUCGAGACCAGUUUUCGAAAAUUGCAGAUCGACGACUCAGUACAACUCCAAUCAGCAAUUUUGCAGCUGCCGAUGUAGACGAUGCUCUUCUCUCCAGGUUCGAAAGGGUAGAACUGGUCGGCAGUGGAGAAUUCUCCCAGGUCUACCGAGUGACGAAAAUCAUCCCAACCACCAACCCAAACCAACUCUUUUUCCCGAGCUCGACCACUACACCCCAAUCGCAAUCACCAGCCUCUACUUUGGAACGAGUUUUUGCAGUCAAGAAGACACUACAGCCUUAUGCAGGCAUCAGGGACCGUCAGAGGAAACUGCAGGAAGUCAAUGUGCUUAAAGCACUUGGCAAAUCUGAUUAUGUCGUAUCUUUCCUUGACAACUGGGAGGCCAACAACCAUCUUUACAUUCAAACUGAGUAUUGUGAAGAAGGUAGCUUGGACCUGUUCCUCGAACGAGGAUUGCAGCACAUUCACGAUUCAGGAUUCAUUCAUUUGGAUUUGAAACCUGCAAACAUUCUCAUCACGUUUGAGGGUGUGUUGAAGAUCGCAGACUUUGGACUUGCCUGUACCUGGCCAGCACCACCCAACCAUGACGGAGAAGGUGAUCGCGAGUACAUCGCUCCCGAGAUCUUGAAAGGUAUCCUAGAUAAGCCAGCCGACAUUUUCUCUUUCGGUAUGAUCAUGGUUGAGAUUGCUGGCAACGUUGCUCUCCCCGAAAAUGGUCCUAGCUGGGCCAAACUCCGUUCUGGUGAUCCUAGCGAUGCUCCCAGUCUUACCUGGAUUAGCGAGAGUGUCCUACCAAGAGAUGCAACUGGCAUGGUCAUUGACGAGGGCGACUCCAUGGACACCACCUUCAGUGACGACUUUGAUGUAAGCUUUGGAUCUCCAACUCUGAGCAGCCGCAGACGAAACGCUGGAAGCAAGACUCAUUCUCACGACCCUGCCAACCUCUUCGGCACAUUGAGAAGAGGUGAGCUCCACAAGGCACCAGCAUUCAUGAAGAAUAGCCAACACGAAUGGUCUAUGGACAAUUUGGUUCGUGCAAUGCUCCAGCCAGUUCCGGGUAUGCGACCAAAUGUUGGUCAAAUCCUGGCUGCAGGUGGUCUUCAGUGGGUUGAGCCUCGUCGGAGAGCCGGUGCCACUGUAUUCGAAGGCGACUGGGGACCAGCAGAUGAACUCUUGGCUGACGAUGCUGAGAUGAUGGAUGUCUGA